GAUUCUGGAUCUUAUCCGGAGCGUCCAGGGGAGCCAGAUUGCUCAUAUUACAUCAGAACAGGCCUUUGUAGAUUUGGUGCAACAUGUCGAUUUAAUCAUCCUCCUAACAGGAGGCUGCAAGCGUUUGGUAACCCGUUGGUUGCCUUUUGGACGUUGAUCUGCCGAAGCAAUACUACCUUGCUUCUACGUCUUUUUCCAGAUUUUGACGUGGAAUUGAGUCUUGAAGUGGAUCCGUGACACCUAAACAAACAUGCACUUAGAUGGAUUUAUUUUGAAUCAUUCCAAUUACCAUCAUAAAAUAUUAAAAUCUCCCUAGGUGAUCGAAGCGAUGCACACUUGAAUCUAUUUGAUGUUAUCCUCUUACAUUUUCUGUUCAACACAUGUUUUUGCUUGUUUGUUGACUAUGUUCCUAUUAAAAACACGUGCACUUUUAUUCAUUGUACUGGAUUAUGACAGCAUUUUAGCAGAGAAAGAUGCACAUAAACACCAGGAAGAAUUUUACUGUUGUACCUUCCUUGAUGACACUCAUAGCUAGCUUUGGGCAUGUUGGACACAAUAUUUAAUUUUCCCUUUUUGCAGGUGUAUAGCACAUUUUUUUAUGCAUGUUCGCAUGUCAAUCUGCACAUACAUGCUCUUUUCACAUGAAUGAAUUUUCUGUAGCUGGGACUCUAUAAUGUUGAAUCUUACUGGGCCUUGAUGAUUUUUGUUUCGAUAUCAUUCUUUUAUGUGGAGAAUAUAAAUACCUGAUAUGUUUUAUCGAUGAUCCUAUCAGGCUAUUGCCACUGCAAGGAUGAUAGGCGAGUUCCCAGAAAGAAUAGGGCAACCAGAAUGCCAGUACUAUCUGAAGACAGGAACGUGCAAAUUUGGAGCCACAUGCAAAUUUCAUCAUCCUAAAGAUCAGGCUGGGAUUGCUGGAAGAGUUGCCUUAAAUAUUUUAGGCUAUCCUCUCCGCCCUAAUGAGCCUGAAUGCACUUAUUAUUUGAGAACAGGACAAUGCAAAUUUGGGAACACUUGCAAAUUCCACCAUCCUCAACCAAGUAAUAUGAUGCUCUCAUUACGGGGUUCUCCUGUUUACCCUACCGUCCAUUCUCCAACUACGCCAGGUCAGGAGUCAUAUGCUGGAGGAAUUACAAAUUGGUCAAGAGGAUCAUACAUUCCUAGUCCUCGCUGGCAAGGUCCUUCAAGUUAUGGGCCCUUAAUUCUACCUCAGGGAGUGGUUUCAGUGCCAGGGUGGAGUGCAUACAGUGGUCAAAUGGGAUCAAUCUCUACUUCAGACAGUCCACAGCAAGCAAUGAGAAAUGGUCAAACAUAUGAAACUUCUCAUCAAGGUGAGCUAGCAAAUGCAGGAUCACAAGGGGCAUAUUCUCAAUUCCGUUCUGGCACUGUUCCAGUAGGGUUUUAUACACUGCAGAGGGAGAACAUAUUUCCUGAGAGACCUGGUCAACCUGAAUGCCAAUUCUACGUGAAGACAGGAGAUUGUAAGUUUGGAGCAGUCUGUCAGUUCCACCACCCGCGAGAGAGGCUAAUUCCUGCUCCUGACUGUGUCUUGAGUCCCAUAGGCCUUCCUUUACGUCUUGGAGAACCUUUGUGUGUCUUCUAUUCUCGUUAUGGCAUAUGCAAAUUUGGCCCAAGUUGCAAGUUUGACCACCCAAUGGAAAUUUUCUCUUACAAUAUCACCGCAUCGCCUUCAGCUGAUGCCCCAAGCAGGCAUUUGUUAGGAUCUUCAUCUGGAACUGCUGCAUUGAAUUUAUCUUCUGAAGGACUUGUUGAGUCAAGCUCAGCAAAGCCCAGGCCGCUUUCAUUAUCAGAGAUAAGACAGAUUCCUUCUGGUGAUGAUAACAUUGAUGAUGAUGUCGCUUGAAAAUGGGUUAUUUGGCUUAGACAAUUUUUUUUUUUCUGAGGGGGGAAAUGAUUAAUCUGUAAAUUGAUUUUCCCAUUGCCGGAGAUGUACAGAGUUCAUGUCAGGUUGAUUCUGUUAAUUCAAUCUGAAAGUAAAUGCAGUUGACAGAUUCAAUUGUUCUGGAUUUCAUGUUACCUGGCUGAUUGAAUAAAUUUAAGCAAAUGUUGUCACAUUUGGUCAAUCCCAACGUGAACAAUCCUUCUGUCCUUAAGCCACCACUCUUUCUAAUUAACUUUUCACAAUAUGUAAAAAACCUCUUACUGGAAAUCUGUAAUGACCAAAUUUUGCCUCU